AUGGAUAAAAUAAGUAAGGAAGAUUUUGAAAGUUUUAUAUAUUAUCCAUUUAAAUCUACUAAAACAAUUGUUACUGAUUGCAAAUCUGCCUUUUCUCCAUUUGAGAAUAUAGAGACCAAGGUACCAUUUGUAGAUUUGUCUAGAAUUCCUAAAGAUAUUAUGAGACUAUUUUCUCAAAAUAAAAAUCCAAAGGAAAUUCAAGUUGAAGAAUCUGAAGAUUUUGAAAGCUUAUCAGAAGGCUUAAGUGAAGCUUCUGAGAUUGAAGAAAAUCUUUUGACAUUUUCAUCCGAUAUAUACGAGGAAAAUAAGGAAUAUUUCGUUAAAGAAAAGUUAAAAGCAAAUCAAAAUAUCUUGGAGAUCAAAUCUUAUCCCCCUACUCACUUUAUAUGUUUACCAUUUGAUUCUAAAGCUGGUAAUUUUCAUGAAUUAUUUAGGAAAUUUAAAGAUAGAAUCUUAAAGUCUGUGGAAUUUGGAGAAGUUAAUAGUGAAUAUUUUAUUGGAGAAUCUAGACUUCAUCUGACACUUGGACUUGUAUCAUGUGAAACACCCAGUAAAAUUGAAUCAUGCAUAAAAGCUUUGAAAUCUAUACGUGAAAGUGAAGAAUUUAACUCAAUUGCAAAUAAAAUACGAAAAUCUGAUGGUCUAGGCAUAAAACUAAAAGGUUUGUUCAGUUUUGGUAAUCCAGAAAAGACAAGAGUUGUAUAUACAGUAAUUCAAGAGCAUCAGAUAGAAAUUUUAAUUAGAAGACUAUGGAAUAGAAUUUUGGAACAAUUAAAGAGAUAUGAUAUUAAAUUGGUAGAUAUAAACUCAUCUAUAAAAUCUGAAGAAUUUAAUAAUAAUUUUAAACCUCAUAUAACUUUGAUAAAUACAAAAUAUGGUAAAUAUAGAAAUAGUGUUAAACAUGAAGAUUAUAAAACUCAUAGUAAAACUAUCAAUGUUACUAACCUUUUGAAUAUGUAUACUUAUACAAGUUUUGGAAUAGGUUAUACCACAUGUAUUCAGCUAAAUGAGUUAAGAUCCUAUUUAAAUUUACAGAAUAAAGGUGUAGAUAAAAAUAUAUAUAACAGUGACAAACCGUAUAAUUGUAUUUACUCUCUAAAAUUUAUCCAAUAA